UUCCUUUUCCUGGGAAGGAGAUCGGAAGAUUUUUUUUUCUCAUUUUGCCUGUCAUAGUUGAAGUUGGAAGUGUACAUAUGAUGAAAAUUACAGGCCUCUGAUCUAUUUAAGUGGGAGAACUUGCACAAUUGUUGGCUGACUAAAUACUUUUUUUGCCCCAUUGUAUUUCCAUUUAUAUAACGUCGUAUGUGGGGCUGUAAAAGUGCUCUGGGACGCACGUUUACUUUCGCUGUCGACUUGCUGUAUUCAAUUCCACCGAUUCAGUUGCAAACCGUUUCUUAAACGGAAGCAAACGGAACGAACGUGGAGUGACUUGCCUUAAUUUGUCCAAUAGAAACUUGUUUAGUUGGAAAACGGAAUGCAACUGUUUGAACGAAUGAUUACACCCCGGGCUUCAGACGGGUUUAGGAGUCAGCUGCUACACGUGACGGUUAUAUAUAUGGUUGUAUAACGCAACAAUAUUUAGGUCAACGCGAUUCUUGUUUGGCACGUGCAUACUUACCACUUACAAAAAGUAUCGUGCAGAGGUCUCGAAUAACAACAGGUGAGAGACAAAUGUUCGAAAGAGGGGGAAAAAAGACCACUCAAAUGAGUUUACUUGUAUAUGGUAAUUUUUCAGUUUUGACACGGAUAUUUACCAGAGAAAGCAGUGUUAUCACUCACAACACGAAACCGUUCAAUUAUAGGGAGCCUGUGUAGUAGCCUAUAUAGACCAUCACUUUUCACUCAAAUACAUGCAAAAUGACACUUUAGCCUCAUUGUAGAGGAUAAAAUGAACGGUUAAAUUCUUAAAUCAGGCUGAAAUAUGAGCUUAUUGAUAAUGGACUCAUGCAGAAUACUCUUUACAAUUGUAAUGAAAGGGAAAUCUUGAUAUUUCAUGAAUGGUUGUCCUACUUGCUCUGGGCUAGACUAUGGCCCACGAAACGAUUGCGUGUGAAUGCAAGGGACAGUGUCCCCUUCACGGGUGGUUUGAGUGAAUGAAUGCGAGUGUCGUGGUGACUGGUGAUAGAGGAGAAGACAGAUUGACCUCUUCCGCGUUUUCCUGGAGUUGUCCUCAUUACCCAGGAGGCUACUUUAUCCUUGCACGUGUAGGUCUACGUUUGUAUGUCUACCCCCACCCCGCAUUAGUACAGAGAGAGGGGAGGAAAAAAUAAAGUACAUUUAUGCAACAAUCCCCCGCCUCUUCUCACCAUCUCUCCUACAGUAGGCUACUUAUACCACAUUUGGGCUACACUACCACUUCCUCAUGUUCUGCGGCGCCGGGCUGCUGCUGACCGGAUCCAACCAUGUCCGUAGAGAAUUUAGCCGCUGGCGGCAAUGACGGGACCGCAGGCAAACUAUCAGAUCAAUGGAGCAAACGCACACUCGAAGAAGUCCUAGGACGCGCCUGUGGAAGUUUAAUAGUUUUGAACAUAUUUGUGGCAUUUUACCAUGUAAUUUCGCAGGACCCUUGCAGUUAGGAGAAACCAAUAGACUUCCUGUUUCUCGGCCUUACGUCAUAACGCCCCACCUGGCAGGAGCCAUGCCUGAUGUCAUAACGCCCCACCUGGCAGGAGCCAUGCCUGAUGUCAUAACCCCCCACCUGGCAGGAGCCAUGCCUGAUGUCAUAACCCCCAACAAGGCAGGAGCCAUGCCUGAUGUCAUAACCCCCCACAAGGCAGGAGCCAUGCCUGAUGUCAUAACCCCCCACAAGGCAGGAGCCAUGCCAAUCCAAGAGCUGUCUAGGAAACGGAAGGGGGAUCUAGAUAACAGGGAAAAUGGUGAUGCUCAAAUAGAGGAGCAACAGAGCAGAUCGGAAGACGAUGAUCAACAGGUGAAAAUAAAAUGGUUCAGGGAGCCACACAGCCAAAUCGAAAAGCGGCGAAGGGACAAAAUGAACACCCUUAUCGACGAGCUGUCAGCCAUGAUCCCCUCCUGGAACCCCAUGGCCAAAAAGCUUGACAAACUCACGGUUCUGCGAAUGGCUGUACAGCAUCUGAAAGCCCUGAAAGCAGGUGCCAGCAGUUCCUUUACUGAUGUUAACUACAAACGCAAGCCUUCAUUUCUGCCUCAGGAUGAUCUCAAGCACCUGGUGCUCACGGCUGCAGAUGGGUUCCUGUUCGUGGUGAGUUGUGACAGGGGGAAGAUCCUCUUUACCUCAGAAUCCGUCUCCAAGUUCCUCAACUACAGUCGGUUGGAACUAAUUGGACAGAGUCUUUUUGAUUAUGUCCACCCGAAGGACAUUAGUAAAGUGAAAGAGCAGCUGUCAGCCUCAGGAUUAUACCCUCGCGAACGGCUCAUAGAUGCCAAAACAGGGUUACAGGUGCAGGACCUUCCUGUGGGAGCAGUUCAACUGUGUACAGGGGCACGGCGCUCCUUCUUCUGCCGCAUGAAGCACAGCAGAACAGUUAUGAAGACAGAAGACAAAACCAUCCAGCCCAGCAGCUCCAAGAAAAAGGAGUCUCAACGAUAUUGCACUGUCCAUUGCACUGGUUACAUGCAGAGUUGGCCCUCCACCCAGCUGGAUGCUGAGAGCGACGAUAACGAGUCCUCCCAUCUGUCCUGCCUGGUUUCUGUGUGCCGCGUUCACCCUAACAAUGCCUGUCAGCCCUCACGAGAGGCCAAGGUCAAACCCACCCAGUUUGUCACUCGCUUUGCAAUUGACGGCAAGUUCAACUUCGUAGACCAACAAGCCACUACUGUUCUGGGCUACUUGCCACAGGAACUACUGGGGACUUCUUGUUAUGAGUACUUCCACCAGGACGACCUGCAACACCUCGCAGAGACACACAGGAAAGUUCUCCGUAGUAAAGAGAAGAUUGAGACCAGCUGCUACAAGUUCAAAACAAAACUUGGCUCCUUCGUCAUGCUUCAAAGUCAGUGGUUUAGUUUUAUAAACCCUUGGACCAAAGAAGUGGAGUUUAUUGUGUCAACAAACCGAGUUUUGGGACCUGGUCACACAGAAACUGAACAGCCGAGCAGCUCCGAGCUGUUGGACGAACAGAGAAAACGUACUAUCCUUAUCCCUGGCAUCUCCAGUGGCAUGGCCACUAUGAUCUACGCUGACAGCAUAGGAACCCAGAUAGCAAAUGAGCUCUUGGACACCAACAGGGUCAAUUGUUCUCAAUCGAUUGGAACCUCCAGUCCCUUCUGUCCAUCUCAGGACAGGUCUCCAAUGGUCUCCUCUCAUGCCAACAUGCCAAAUGAGGAGGUGACUGACUCCGAUACAGUGAGCAAGUCUGGAUCAGAGUCUGCUUCAAAGGGGGCCACAUACGCUGGCAGCAACACACAUAUGGACACAGCCCGUUCUCCCCCAGCAGAGAGCUCCCAGAUGAACCUGGACAGCAUGGUGGGACCAGGCCUCGGUAUCCUGAGCAACAACGAGGCUGCCAUGGCCGUCAUCAUGAGCCUGCUACAGACUGAUGCCAACCUGGGGGACGCAGUAGACUUUGACAACAUGCACUGGUCUCACUAGCAGAGAUUCAAAUGCCAUGAAUUCAGGAGAAGAAUUUAGAUUCCAAUUCAAGAUUUGAAAAAUGCUAUUUAUUCCUAUCUACAUUACUUCAUUUAUUUAUUUAAGCAUUUUCAAAGAGGAUUUCUACCAAUUCCUGAAUUGGGAUUUCAAUUCACUUCCAGAAUUGAAAUGGAAUUGACCCCCAACUCCAUCAGUCCUUAACUCUGUAGUUUAGGGUUAGACAAACUCCAUCCAGGGACUAUUUUCAUGUGCUCCGCUACCAAUGAAACAGAUUUAUGUGCUUCUGAGGAACUUCUACAGCUCUCUGUUUAAGUUUCAGCAAGAUAAAUCCAGCCUGAGCUAAGAUCAGCUAACUCUUUGGUGGCUUACACAGCUGGUUCAAUUGGUGGGGAUUUUUUUGAUCAAUAUUUCAAUGUAACUGAAUGUGUACUAAAACCACCCGAGUUUGCCUAUAUCUGAGGGGUCACAGAUCGAUACCAGUUCGGUUCCCGCAGGUGUGAAAGUGAUCAACCCAAAUUCCAAGGGAGUGGACAAAGGCAUAGGUUAAUCAAUUACAAAGUAUAUUAAGUUUGAACACUGAUCACUUGUGUGAAUAACUUGAAAUGAAACAUUACAACUGUGUCUUCACUCAAAUUGUCAUUGUCUGUUAUUACAAAGUGACAUUGUAUAUUGUUCUUUUUGCUCUUGCGUUGUAGGCUUCUGUGUAGAUGAAUCAAUAUUGCUGCCAUGUCUAUUGUAAAGACAACGGCAUACCUUUUUCUGAAGUCACUCAGAAAUAGAGCUGCUUCUUUUGAAAUGUUUUCAUUUACACUGAAACAGAACACCCUGAAGAUGCACCUGCAGGGAUGUGAUGGAGGCUAAACGCUCAGAAACACUUUUGUAUUUUGUGAAAAGCAUUUACACAUUUAUUAUGCAACGUUGGCAUUCUUAGCAAUAGCGUGUGCGUUGCCUAUCCUAGAGGAACACAAUGGAAAUAAGCUCUCAGGCUUUAUUAUGUUUUGUCCUCAACUUUUUAAUGAUCAAAUAAAAUACUCACUGCCCGUCACCACAA